UAAUUUUAUACUCUUGACUGACUUCUACAGUGGAAUUAGAAUUAGACUUGUGUGUCGCUUAUUUCCCCCUUUAUGAUAUUUACACAAGCUAAAUAAUCACAAUUAGCUCGUACGCAGAGUGCUAGGAAAAGCCAGUCAGACAUUAAACUGCACAGCAAUGCCAACAGGUGUUAAGUUUCGCUGCCGACCUCAAGAACAUGGCCUAUGUCUCUAGACAGCUUCUCCACGCUGUCGGAGUUAGAUGACAUCACACACCUGAGGAAAACCCGCCUUUUUGUAGUUUUCUUCUAUUGGCUUUUGAUCGGGACUUCCCCGUAUGGUAUUGGAGGCCAGUAAAGGCAAUCCGCUGAUGUCAUGGAGGGUGUUUGCCGGUGUUGCAGUGUGCAUUCCAAUGGGCAAAUGAUGUCAACAGUUGACGUUAGGGAAGCGAGAAAAAUAAAGACCGAGUAGAAGAAAGAGGGGAGAAAAUAAUAUUGAAAAAGAAAACUAGCGAAAAGGAAAUGAGAUUCGUCGCAGUGGCCUUCUAUGGCUGUCUUCUGGCACUGCUCGCUGUGGGACUCCGCGACCUGCUGUUGGGAUACGAGGAGAACAGAUGCAGCAUGACCUACAUGUUCGAGUAUCCCGAGUACCUGCGGAUUCAGCUGCCACACCGUGUGUCACAGAGGUAUCCAGGCUAUGGGCUCUACCUGUACGGGGAGGGGCUGUAUGCCCAGCACAGCCACAGCCUGAAGCUCAGCGGCGUGCCUGUGCUUUUCCUUCCCGGAAAUGCAGGCAGCUACAAGCAAGCCCGGUCCCUCGGUUCUAUCGCCCUCCGGAAAGCUGAGGACAUCGACAACGGGUUCCACCUGAAUGUGUUCACCAUCGACUUCAGCGAGGAGCUGGUGGCUCUGUACGGCGGCAGCCUGCAGAGGCAGACGCGCUUUGUCCACGAGAGCAUCAAGGCCAUUCUUCGGCUGUACAAAGACCAGGAAACCCCCCCACGCAGCGUGGCUGUGGUAGGGCACUCUAUGGGGGGCAUCGUGGCACGUGCCCUCUUCACGCUUCCCAAAUUCAGUCCUCACCUUGUCAGCCUCAUCCUCACUCAAGCCAGUCCGCACCAGGGCCCAGUCCUGCCCCUGGACCGCCACCUCCUGGAGUUCUAUUCCGCUGUCCGGCGUCGCUGGUCUUUGGGGACAGGGGAUUUGCGCAACGUGACUGUGCUGUCCGUGGGGGGUGGCUACCGGGACUAUCAGGUGCGCUCUGGCCUGACUGCUCUGCCUUGCCCUCCUAACGAUCCUAACAAGCUCUCACUGGUGAGCACUGCUGUGCCCAGGACCUGGGUAUCGACUGACCAUUUGUCUAUCGAACCUAGGGCCAGAUAUUUUAUUUUCCCUCUUUCAAGUCGUAGAAAAAGCCAUAGUCACUUCCACUGCCAGAACAGCAAUCUGGAGAUGACCAGCUGGCUGUUUGGCUGCACUCAGAGUAACGGCUCCAUGUGUCGGCAAGCUGUGGAUCUGUCCUGGGACACAGAACUGCUCCCAGCAUACAAGGUUGUGACAGUGAAGCUCAGUGACCUGUCCUCGUUCUCUCACCUGGUUCUCAGCGCGUCCAGCCUCAAUGGCGGUCAGUUCAGUGUGGAGUGUGAGUGGUUCAGCGAGGACUCCCGGACUGCCUCUGUCCCCGUCCCUCACAUCCUGUCCUUUGGUAUGUCCAUCCGUGAGGUAACCCUGAGCUCCCCUGCACUGUUCCACACUGUCGAGCUAUUGGAUUUCCACCAGGUUUACCAGGCUUUUAAAGUCACCAUUGAAAGCCAGUGCAAAGGGACCAGAGGCAGACUUCCCAGCGUGUACAGGCUGCAAGUUCCCUGGUUCCGAGAAGACUCCUUCACAGCUGCUAGCGUGCCUUCAGUGACUGAGAUAUUUGCCAAGCUGCACACAAGUCGCCCUGACAACUCCUCCAGCGCCAUCCUGCAGCUACACACGUCUCCAGACUGCCAGUACAAGGUGUCUGUCCAGACCUCUUUCUUCCAGGUGCUUGGACAGGUCCUGCGGUUCUGUGGUCCAGUCCUCCCUGUGUACAUGGCUGUCUGCAUCCUGCUGGCCUGCGAGGGACAGGUGUACUCGCUCAUCCACACAGGGCGCCCUGUGGAGCUGGCUGAGGCUCUGGGAGAAUCUACCCAGCUACACAGAGUGGAGCUCCUGGUCUCACUGCUGCACCUGCUACUCCGGCUGAGCUGGUUCCGGGCAGGCUGGUCUGCUCUGUGUCUGCCCCUGGUGGACACCUUACCCUUGACCGCUCUAGACCACGGUGUCCUGGAGAGCUCUGAGCCUCUGUCCCCAGCAGAGGGCUGGACACGGCUGGUCUCGCUCUUCCUGCUCUUGUUGGGCGCUGCUGUUGCAUUCUGGGGAGGAGCACUGUUCCGGCUGUCCCUUGAGCUGCUGUCAUGGAUCCUGAGCCCACUGCACAGACCUUCCAUCAUCCAAGACAAUGGGCACCCACUAACACGCUCACGGAUCAUCCUUAUCGUCACUCUGGGGCUGGUCGCCUGGGCAACCUGUGGAGCACUGGCCCUCGUGGCAGUAUACUUCCUGUACCUGUAUAAGGUGAUGAGGUUGCAGAUGUCUGAGCGAACACUGAAGCAUGUCCUCAAUCUGGCUCCCCGGGAGAAAGUCAGAGAAGCAGGGGGGAGUGCGGGGCAAGGGGAGGCUCAUCCAGCAGGGUCUAAUUCCCUCAUAACAGUCUCUGCCCUGGAGAAGGUGCAGGACAACCUGCAACUCCAUCUGAGCCUAUCUGUACUCCUAACGCUGCCCGUAAUGCUGAGUGCUCCCUCCCUGAUACACUGGUUGCGCAGCCUGCGGCACUCUCUGCAGCUCAACCCUGAUCCCUGCUGGCCAGUUGUUCUCCCUCUUAUCGUUUCUUCAACUAUUCUCAUGAACUCUAACACCCACACUCUGUGUUGCAGUAAGCUGCUGGCCGUGAUCUGCAGGCUGCAGUUGCCGGUGUGUGUCUCCAUGGUGACCUUCUCCCUGAUGCACCUCUACAGAGUGACCUACUUCCUGUCUCUGUCCCUUGCCCUGCAUGCUCUCUGUUGCCUCAUAUAGCACCUGUUAACCAGGGUGUGACCUGGGUCAUGUCUUUGAAAUGGGAGGGAGUUUGGGGUGAACAGCAGGCUGCAGGACAGCGAAGGAUAAUCUUGACAGAGAGGAAAAUAGGCAUUUUCUUGCCUCUCUGUGUGGCAACUUGUGGGUGUUCCCUAAAGGGUUGAUAUAUUCUGAUAUAUUUCACCAAGGAAACUUGCCACCCUUUCACACUGCAGGGUCAGUUAUCUGAGUAUCUGUACAGAGACAUCUUUAUAAUUAAUAAUAAUAAUUAUUAAUAUGAUUAUUGUUGUUUGGUUUGGUAGCUUUUAUUAUUACUACUGUUACUCUGCCUUUCAUACUACAUUCCAGGACUGCGUUUCUCAAAAGUGAUUGUAACUUGGUAUUUACAUUUUUUUCUUCACUUUUUUUUUGUCACUGUUCCUUUUCCCUGCUCUCCUCUUUCUCUCCCUCUGUUCAGUGACAGAGGAAGCUGUUGUCUGUGUUUGAAUUGUCGACUUUGAUUUUACUGUCAGCAGGUCUCCUCUAGGGGAGCAAGCUGAGCCUGUCUGUGUAUGUGGCCAAAUGCACUAAUUGUGUCAGGAGUUCGAUGUUGUGUGUGUGUGUUUGACAGUUUAGUUCCAGUUUUAGGAGUCUGUGUAUGUCUGCUACAGUAACAGGCACUGGCACUGCCGAUUUUCUGCAGGGAUUGGUGCAGUGUUGGGGCUGCACAGAACGAAAGCAGUACGCUGACAUUCAUCUGCAGCAAAGGAUCUGUCAUCAUUCAGCCUCAUCUUGCCUUAUACUAGACACCAGCCUGGAUACUUCUCUCCCUAACUCUUUGUCUUUCCUCCUGGAACAAUAGGAGACAGACUCUGUGAGGGAGAUGAGAAGAAAGAUAUGCCAAAAACAAAUUACAGAUUAAAAAGUGGGGAGUUCCUUCCCCAUGUUUUGACAAUCAGAUCUUCAAACCUGAAUGGUGUUCGUUCUGUGUACAACAUGAACAACACAUUGCCAGUAGAUGGCCUUGUUUGCAAAGUCUAUCCCCCGCUACUUUAUUCUUUUAUCAUUUUAAAUUGAUUAGUGCAAUGGGAUUUUACUCCGAGGCGUAUAUUGAUGUGUUUAUGUUGCUCUCAUUAGCACAACAUUUUAAAGUGUCAGAUCUUCUGUAGUUACAAAUACACCUUUCAUGGGGUGCUCACUCUCAAGAAGCACUCCAUCAAAUAAAAGGUAAACUGUGCAGAAUGAAUUCUGUUUAUGCUGUAAGGAUGUGCUGUGGUGGCCUUACAGAGAAAAUAGUUGGAAUCAGACGUUGAGGUUUCUGUAGCUGUCUGAGACCCGUGAUCAAAGGCAGAAGCCCUGUGGCUCUUCGAAGCUUCUAUAAUCAUAGGCAUUUACAGUCAGGAUGAAUUCCUUAAAAGGUGUUUAGUUGCCACACUCCCAUUGAGUCGCCCAACUCUCCCUAUGUUAAUUCUCCCACUAUUUUGUAUAUUGCAAAUGCUUCCCUACCUCUUACUCAGCCUUCCUGUUUCUUCCAGCAUCACUGCUCAAGUGGCCUGUAAAACUGUAAAGGAUAUUAAAAUGUUUUUUUUUAUCUUUCUUGGUUGGAGGAAGAGGUGGGUGCCGGGAGUAGACACCCGUGUCAUCCUAUGUUUUAUUGAAGCCUCAUCUGUGCCGCUGAAAGAGACACAGCCCUGAGUUUUAACUGAUAGUGGGGUUUGAUCCCCUUUUCCCUUGAGACGAUACACUGUCUGCAGCACAGUGAGAAGUUAUCUCCCUUGUCCUAUUGCAUUGAAAGGGAAUAGAUGAAGAUUACAGAAACAAGCAGACAAAACACAGGAUGACAAAACUAAGAUCAUUUUCUGUAUAUUUGUUUCAGUUAAAUACACUAAACCUCCCUCUCUCCAUCUCCGAUGGUACGUUGCCCAUUUUUAUGCUUCUUCAUGCUACCAGAACUAUAAUAAAAAGACACGCUGUAAAGAUGGCCAUCAGAGAGACGAGAUCUGCUAUUUAUAAUCCUGAGACCAAGUGAGCAUAAUGCAGUAUUUCCUCUCAGCCAUUGGUGGCCACUUCUUUGACACAGAGAGAGAAAGAGGCCAUAGGCAAGUGGACAGUGGGCUGGAAGUCCUGUACAGUCGCCCUGGUCUAUCCCUGACCGGUAUGGCUUCAGGUUGCCUUUCCCUGAUGUUGUCUGUCAGAUGUAUUAAUGGUGUUACAUUAGAUCACUGGUGUUAAAAAUAACUGUUUUCUUUUGUCAAAGCUCUCUAGUGUUUGAGUGCUCUAAGUGAAUGUGAUUAUUACUGUAACCUCCUUGUGGCUGAGACCAGACUUGCCAAUGGGGCACUUUUUGAUCAGGUUAUCCCAUAAAGUGGAGUGUGUUGGCAGACAUUUUUCACAGUGGCUUCCACACACCCUGGCUAGCUGCUAUACCCCAGGGGCCUGAAGACAGAGCUCUGGGGCCAGACUCAUAAGACAAUUUUCCUAGACACUGAACUACCACACUACUCUGUUCUAACAUGCUUUUAACAUGAUUAAGUCUCUAUUUACUAUUUACUUCUAUAAUCUAUUAUUAUCUAUUUACAUUCUGCUUAAAAGCUGUAAAUUGUCAAUGAGUUAUGGGUCUGGCCCUGUGUGAUUGAGGUAUUCUCAGCUGCGGUGGGGAAGGGGAUGUACGUCUUGUCUUAAUGGCACUGCUCAGUUUAGUAGCCCCCCACAAAGAAGCAGCAUGUCUGUCAAGCUCUGCCAUUUUAUUGGCUGCCCCAAAGCGGUAGCAAAUGGGCAUUGCAAGCUGUACAGAUUACCUCUGAACUUCCUCGACGGGGUGAUCUGCCAGUGUGAAGAGAUACUCUCAGAGUAUCUGCACAUCUGACCUGCCCUCAGUGCACCUCUGUAAUCCAGCUGCUUUAGUCACUGCCUCCCUAGGAACCUAGAGGACCAACACUGUGAUUCUAAAGCUGAACUGAUCACUGCAGCUCAGAAGAGCUUCUUCUUCAUUCUCUUAUCUUUUCUAAAAAUAGCCAGUGCCUUUUGCAGAAAUGCCAGAUCUCCCUGUCUAGUGGAUUGUACAAUUAUGGUCUACAGCUUUGGUUGUAUGCAGUUUCUGAUGUUAUAUAAGCUUUCGUACAAUAAGUGUCCAGUUUAAAAACAACAAAAAUGUAAAUGUGCUGCAAAUAUUGAUCUUAUACUGUCAUGUGUUUUCUUCAAAGUGGGAGGUUUCCUACUAUAACUCACAAGUUAGAAAUAACAGCCCAGAGGGAUUUUCCCUGCAUCACUCCACACUGGCAUUUCUGCUACCUUUUCUUAACUACUAGGCUGCAAUGACCACACUAACCACCUGUUGUCCUGGAUAUUUACUGUACACAGCGUGUCUUUAUGAACUGCAUUGUGAAUGUACUUGAACGUGCAGCUGUGGGCAAAGAUGUGCUUACCAUUUUUUGCAGAUUACUCAAUCUUUUAUUCUAUUGAGCCUUUCUUUAUGGUGAGUACUACCUUGAAGAGCUUAAAUGAUUGUGUCAUUGUAAAGAUUCUGUUUAAAUAAAAACCUAGAAAUAUCAGCAAUAAGUUGAAAAUACAAGUACUGUCUGUACAUUAGACGAACAAGAGUCUCGUUGUGGAACGCUUUUUCUGAUAUCGAUAAGUGUUUUACAAAGGUUUUGCAAGCUUUGGCCCAGAGCCCUGUGUAGUUGUUGUGUGUGCCCAGUGGACUGAAGGUGCGUGUGUGUAGUGAUGUCUCUUGCUGCUGGAAGACUGGUGUUCUGUGAUGUUGCCAGCACUGCCUGUGACUCGUGAUUGGUGAUGGAGUGUUGUACAGCGUGUGUGCUUAGAAUCAUCUACACCAUGCUCAACUAAGAAGAAUGUAAAACAUGAAUAGACUGAAUAGAUUUGUAUCGGCUUAA